AUGGCGCCAGGCGCAAAGACGAGAGGCCACGAAGGUCCCCGCAAAUAUGCCUACAAUAUCGAUGCUGCCCGCGAGCGGGAAAUGCACCUAUAUCUUCCAUAUUGGGGAUUCUCGCAUUCCGAAAAGUUCGCGCAGCAAUCAGUCGGCCAGCAGCCCAAUGUCUCACGCGAUAGCGUGUUGACGGCAUUCGCGCAGCUAGCGAGUCUACGACUAAAUGCUAAGUGCGCACUCAUCUCCCUCUUCGAUCGCACAACGCAGCAUGUCGUUGCAGAGUCAACGCCAAGGCUUGGUUUGCGCAGUACAGAAAGUGGAGAGGGAUCUGAGUCAUUAUGGUGCGGUGUGCAGCAACUGCCACGGGAGACCAUACCUAUGUGUAAUUGUGCGAUGCAUGCUUUCACUGGUGAGGGAGAGCAGAGUUUCAUAGUUCCUGAUCUUUCCAAAGAUUCUCGGUUCAAGGACGCUUCUUUCGUGACAGCGGCACCGCACCACCGAUUCUAUGUUUCUGUCCCGAUUCGAUCCCCAGAAAACUAUAUCAUUGGCAGUGUCGCGGUGCUGGAUGAUCAACCUCGCAAAGAUUUAAGCAAGCAAUAUACAACGCUUUUGAAGGAGCUCAGCGAAACCGUUAUGGACUACCUGAUUUCGCAGCGGGCCAUGCGCGAAGAGAAUCGCGAAGAGAAGAUGGUACGCGCAUUAGGAUUGUUUGUGCGCGGCAAUUCAGAUUUGAGUCAAGGAAUUGACGGUCCAGAAUUUUCGAAUGAUAAGCCACACGGGCUUGCGCAUGUCGAUAAGAAGCUCGAGGAGAUUCGAAUAUCCACUGAAAGUAGUGACAACAAGCACAACGCUGGGCACGAAAAUGAUCGAUGCAGACAGUCUCAGCCGUCUUCUGUAGAACAGGAAGCGCCGAAUAGGGAGCAAAGUCGAAACCAAUCGCCAGUCCGCAAAUUCAAAAACAAAGAAGAUGAGCGACACGAAUCGGCGGCAGAAAAAGAAGAAAACGACCAGCGACCUUCACUCACGCCUACUACCGAGCGACUGCAGAAGUCUUUCGCCCCAUCAAGUGUACAGUCAGUACUCAAUAGAGCUUCUUGUCUCAUGAACCAAGCGCUGGAGAUAGAGGGUGCUAUGUUCAUCGAUGCAAGCGUAUAUGCCCGACGACAAAUGAUUGGAGUUGACAGUGACUCACAUUCCAAUACAACGUUCGAAGAGGAUGAACAAAUGUAUGAUACUGAACCAAAGCUAGAUGAAGGGAUCCAUGGUCCCAAAAGUCUAGUUCUGGGAUACUCUACUUCCUCUGGUUCGGGUAGAGACCAAAGCAAGCAAGAAAGCCACUAUGUUCCUCUGCCAGGUGCUUUUGUGAACCAUCUCAUAGAUCGGUAUCCACGAGGGAAAAUCUUCCAUAUAGAAAAUGAUGGCAGUAUUGCACUGAGUUUUGAAGGACUAGCAACGGAGACGAGCCAGAUUUACACUGGGAAAGUGAAUGCUGUCAAACCUGGAUCUCCGAAGGAAAAUGAGUAUCGACAAGAAACCAUGGAAAUAAAGUAUUUCCACAAGAUCCUCCCUGACGCUCGAUGCAUUGCUAUCUAUCCUGUUUGGGACUUUCACCGCAGUCGAUGGUUCACGAUCAAUCUGGCUUGGACCAAUGACCCUGGACGUGUGUUGUCAGAACCAAAGGAUUUGACAUAUAUGGCUGCAUUCAGCAACACUGUCAUGGCAGAGGUAUCGCGGAUGGAUAUCGAAGCCGCCGAUCGUGCCAAGGGCGAUUUCAUCUCGUCCAUCUCGCAUGAGUUGCGGUCUCCAUUGCAUGGUGUUCUUGGGACUAUCGAGCUACUUCAAGAAACAGUCACAAGCUAUACCCAACAAGGAUUAGUUGAUACAGUGCACAGCUGCGGGCGGACUUUGUUAGAUACGUUGAACCAUUUGCUGGACUAUGCCAAAAUCAAUACUCUCACGGCUCCGAGGCGAUCCAGCCUGCAAGAUGGAAGUGAGAGCAUGGGUUCACAGCCAAAGUUAGCUGUUCCCGGCCUCGAACAAAAGGAGGACCUGAGCUGUUUGGUGCAAGAAGUUGUGGAGGGUCUGCUUGCUGGUGCCGAGUUCUAUGGCCGAGAGGCGACCAACGCUGCCAAUAACCCCAAGCACGAUGACUGGCGACUCUCAUCCGGUCCGCUGAAGGACAAGAAGGGCCGCAUCAUGGCCAUUGUCGACAUCGAAUGGCAAGAUAACUGGAACUACUCCGUGUAUGCGGGAGCUUGGCGUCGUGUUGUGAUGAAUCUCUUCGGUAAUGCCCUCAAAUACACCAAGACAGGUUAUAUCCGGCUCUUCAUGAGGAAAGACACCAUGGGAACGAAAGACAACAAGACCGUGCCAGCGGUACGCCUAACGAUCAGUGACUCGGGCCGUGGCAUGUCUCAAGAUUUCCUCCUCCAUAACCUCUACAUUCCAUUCAUCCAAGAAGAUACACAAUCCCCUGGUCUGGGUGUGGGUCUCCACCUGGUCCACCAAAUCGUCAAGUCUCUCGGUGGCCAAAUACAGUUUAAGAGUGAAAAAGACCGCGGCACGGAUGUCGACGUGCUCUUUCCCUUGAAAGAGCCACAGCCAUGCAUGGAGCAGCCAUCGUCAUAUCACGGAUUGAGAGAGCAGCUCAGCGGGAAGAGAGUCUCGUUUUUCACGAAAAGCUUCCAGCGCGGUGAUCUCGGUAUCCGACCUGAAGUCUUUAACAAUAUUCGGAUGAGUUUAGGCCGCAUGGUGAGUGAUUGGUUCGGGCUUCAAGUUUUGAGCUCUGAGGAACUUGAAAAUGGAGAGGUGGCAGACUUUCUCAUUGUGACUGAACAUGAAUAUCGAACCGUGAUGAGCGACCCCGCGGGAUCAGAUAUUCGGCGCUUGAUUGAAUCAAGGACGAAGUUUCCUUUGAUUGUUUUGAGUGACCAAGCGAGCAGUUGGAAGGUGGUGAAAGAGAAUGAUCGUGACCAUGCGAUCUUUUUGUCUCAGCCUGUGAGCCCAAAGACCAUAGCAAAAGUCUUCGAAAAUUGCUUGCACCCAGAAGGGAUCGCCCAAGAUCUCCAACGUGCCGGAUCAUCCCUCAAAAAUGAUAACGAAUCCCCACGGAAAUCAAUCAAUGCAGAGAUUGAGGCAACAAAGCAAGACAUGAUAAGUGCUGAAAAGAAAGUUCUUUUGGUUGAGGACAACUCGGUCAAUUUGAAGAUCAUUGAAACCUGUGUUAAAAACACUGGGUUGGCAUAUAAGACAGCAACAAACGGAAUAGAAGCAGUGGAAGCAUUCAAAAAUGAGAGGUUUGAUGCCGUCGUAAUGGAUAUUUCUAUGCCACACAUGGAUGGUCUCUCUGCAACUCGAGAAAUGCGACACUUCGAAAGAGCAGACAAACUUGAACCCGCCCAUAUUGUCAUUCUUACGGCCGCCCUCUCUUCUGAUAUACAGAGGGAAGCGACCAUCAGCGGCGUUGAUAAGUUCCUGACAAAACCUACACCUCUUAAGCAGUUGACCCAGAUGCUCCACAGUCUGCCACAGCUCAAUCAUUCUCAAGAGGUUCAGUGA